AUGACUUCUGAGGACGAACCAAGAGAUGACCAGUUAACCAACCGAGACAGCGCUGAAAGCACCGAAAGCGUCGUCGAUGCCGAGGCCAUGACCACCAGUUUCGGGCAAGUGGAACAUUUUGAUGAGUCUACUAGUGACUGGCUCUCCUACGAAGAGCGAGUGUUGUCUUUUCUACGAGCCAACAAAGUUCCGGCAGAACUGCAAAUAGACGCCUUCGUGAGUUUGAUCGAACUGAAAACUUACGCCCUUCUCAAGUCGUUGACUGCUCCGGAAACACCGUCGUCAAAGUCCUUUGAAGAAUUGCGGCAACUACUGCGCAACCGAUUAUCACCCAAGCCGUCCGUAAUUGGCGAGAGAGCGAAAUUUCACCGACGGUCGCAAACGGAAGAUGAAUCCAUUUCAGAGUUCGUGGCCGAGAUACGACGACUCGCACAAACGUGCGUAUUUGGAAACUUUCUUGAUGAGUCACUCCGAGACCGCUUUGUCUGCGGCCUCCGACGAGUAGAUAUCCAGCGGCACUUGUUCAGUGAAGAUAAGCACCUCACAUUCCAAAAAGCCGUCGAACGUGCUUUGUCACUCGAGGCAGCUGUCAAGAACGCAUCAGCGACCCACUCAAGGUCAGACAGCGCUGCCGAACUGAACAAGCUGCGCAGCUCGGGGCCCAAGCCAAGGGUGAUAACGGCGCAUUGCUCUCGCUGCGGUUCACCCAAACACAAAGCCACGACGUGUCCACACGCAUAA